AAUUUCGCUGUGGAGCGACUAGUCGAAGGGACGAUCCGCGACUUUGUCAAGUUGGACAGUUAGGCCAAAACAGUCCAAGAAAAGCUAAAUACUUUGAUGGAUUUGAAACAGAAAGCUGCGAAUGCCUGGGAAGCUCGAGAAGCUCGUGAGUACGCUAUUGAGGCAGGAAAGCAUGGGGAAUACAAUGGUCGUGUUUACAAUUGUUACUAUCAUUUUUCUCCCACUAUCUUUUACAUCAUCUUUCUUUGCUCUCGGCAUAGUCGCCUUCCCGAAGGAUCCUCAAACCGGAGAAACAAAUCGGCCAGUCGGUUGGUAUUUCGCUCACGAUGUCCGUCGUCCUGAUCGUCUUCGCUCUGAAUAUACCUCAAUUCACAGCUCUGUGGAGAUAAGUACGCAAUAACCAUGCGCCAGCACUUGCAUUAAGGGUGCUCGCCCUUCUACCCACCCCCUGGUCGUUCCUCCGUGAAUGGUCGAGGAAACUCGCGGAGCGU